AUGACAAUAUUCUGGCUCCUACAACUGCAGAAUGCUAUUUUGAAAUACAAACUCCACACAGGAAAAGAAGAAUUCCCAUCCUGGAAUGACUUUCAGCAAGUCCUCCUCUACACGCCGUCAUUAAUUAAUACCGGCCUUUGGAGACUAUACUACAGCAAGGAGCAUAUGUUUUCUGAAACAGCACGGGAGUCAUGGUCACUUCCUGACCUGCGACCCCUGCCUGGACUAUCAAGUCUAAAUCAUGAUUCUCUUCCCGGACAAAUCAGCAACCCGAACCGGCUCCUCCAAUACGCCUUUGCAGUUGUUCAAUACACUCUCACUUCAGGCGCUCGGCGCGGUCAAGUGGUCAAGGAAGCACUUGAUUCGCUAAAGAUGACGACAAUCCGCCUUAGAACGACCAACUCAUCCGUUCCCCCCUAUUCCGAAACACAGGCCUAUUUCUGGAUUCAAGUAGUUCAUGCUGCUAUCCAGUCACUUGAGGCAGCUCCAGGGAGUUCAACGAGUGAAAGGUCGAUAGUUGAUGUCCCUGCAUCACGCAUUAGCUCCGCUACUCUCAACGCGCUUUUCGAACUGAACUCGUCUACUUGGAAACGCUAUUACUCGGAGAAGGUCUGGAAUAGCAUUUCCGCACGUGUGGCAUUUGUCCAACCAGACCUCAAGCCGAUACCAAAUGUCAUCACCAUCUCAUCCCAAUCCCAAAAGCAAGCCGCUCUCUUCAAGCAAAUGGAGACUGCUCUGCUACAGAAUAGCCCUAAGUUGCCAACCAUUGAGUGCCUUUCUUUCCAGGCAAUCUGGGUCAUCCAGGAUGUACAGGCACUGGCUGGAUCCCCAAUGGCGGAUUCUCCCAGUAUAUCCACCCAUUCGCACAUGCUACUAUAUUUAUAUAGGAAGCUUAUAAUGGGAUCAGAGAACGGCUUGCCAGGAGAAACUGCAUUGGAACAAGCAGAGAAAAUGACAGGUCCUCGGGUCGAUUCGGUCACACAUAAGAUGUUCUGGAUCCAGAUUUUCUUAACUGCUAUGGCUCGUGCCGAGGCUUCCAGGAAGAUAGCCGACAAGGAGACAUCAUUGGAGAAGGUCAGAUAUGAAACAUUCAUCCGGAGCAAUCUCCAUCUAGUCUAUGAAGAUUUGCCAAGCUUAUAUUACACCCCGGAGAUCUGGCAAAGUCAAGAGGCAUCUGAGAUAAUGAUUCCGCCUGACAGGAGGAGGAUCAAUGAGUUCCUCGACAAGGGCAAGCUGGAAGAAUUGGUCUUUAUCUAG